GUGGGGGGUGGAUCUGGAAGUAGAAGCAGUGAGAGCAGUCGUGGCUCCCCCAAAGGCCCUGGGGCAGGCACAGGUGAAGGCGUGGAGGACCCUGGAGGUGUCAGGUGUGCAGGCCGGCAGAGCUGGUGUUCCUCAACGCCCCAAAGCACGGUACUGCGACAGAUUGGAACGCCUCAGAAAGGAGAGCUGUCAUCCCAGCCUUCGGGAGGCUGAUGCAGGAAGAUCGCAGUCAAUUCCAGCCUGGGUGACAGUGAGACCCUGCCUCAGAAAGAGCGAAAUUGCUCUCUCCUGUCUCUCUUGUUUUCCUUUUUUUUUUUUUUUUUUUUUUUUUUUGGUACCAGGGAUCAGGCACUUAGGCCACUGAACUAAGUCUUUGGCCCUCCUGUCUCUCUUAAAAUUGUCACAGGAAAAAUAAUUCCUUUUCUCCAAAUCGGGUCAUAAAAACUGGAGCCCUGCACCCUGAAAACAAGCUAGGGCACCUCCAAAGAUGAGAUGAGGUUUUGCUCUGUGGUGAGCUCUGACCUCAAGCACUCGAGGCCCUGGAGCCCAGCCUCAGCAAAGCCCAAAAGGCCUGCUUUUGCUGCGGGCUGACUGGAAGAUGGACUCUCAGGGAGGGUCCCGCCAGGCCCAGGGGUCCUGCCUAGAAGCCGGGCGUGGACGCGCACGCUUGUCAUCCCAGCGCUUGCGUGGCUGAGGCAAGAGGAUAGCAGGUUCAAGCUCAGCCUGGGCAACUCACCCAGACCUGUCUGUGCCCAGCCCUCCACCCCCUUGGCAGAGAUUCCUGGGGUCGCCUGGAGCUGGCAGCCUACGGUCCAUCCGUGGGACCUGCCUCUCUCUCGCUGGCCUCCGCCACCUCCCUCCUCGUGUCUCCUUCUUUGGCCCCCUCCUGCAGCGUUUCCGCAGCUGGCUUUGUCACAGCGGAUUGUCACUGUGCCAGCCUUCAUCCAGGUCCGCCCCAGGACGCCACAGGGCUUGGCCAGCCGGAAGAUCGGCCCCUCUGGGGAGGUGCAGGCAGGCACCCCUCCUCCUGACUCCGGGGGUCCUGGGGAACCUGCGAAGGGGGCUGCUGGUCUCUGCUGUCCCAGCCCAGCUGUGUGUGGGCGGUAGCCGCAGCCAGGAGCCGAGCCCCGCUGUCCUCUUGGAAGCUGUAAUCACCAGGGAUCUCAUUAAGUCACCAAGUUGCCUGGUCCAGACUGGAAAUUUCAGUCCUCCUGCUUCGGCCUCCUGAGUGGUGUUUAAUCUAGAGAAGUCCUCUUUGGCUGACUUCAAAACUGCAAACCACCCCAUUCUACCCUCUUGGUCCCCUCCAAUCAGCUCUUCCUCCAUAACAGUUAUUUCGAUCCCCGGCACCCCCCACCCAAAAAAAAAGUUCUCAAACAGUUAUUUCCGAACUCCUGAGUCCUUCAGCAUGAGAUUCUACUCACACCUCGUGCCUCAGCCAUCGGCGUGCCUGGAUCACAGGGUGCUGCAAGUGACUGCAGAGCCUGGGGCCUUGAAACCACUACCACUGUGGCCUGCUGCUGCAGCCGGGCGUCAAGGUGAGCUGCAGGCCACCUGCAUGGCGCCCCAGCUAGCCUGGGCACUGCUCCUGUGGCCGCUGCUGCUGCUCCUGCUGCUGCUGCCGAGACUGGGCAGCCCAGAGCUGGCCUGCGAUGCCUUCCCUGGAGCCUUUGACUGGAGCCGAGAGUUCAACGACAGCUGCCUGAACCUGAGCGGCCGCGCACUGCGCCUGGACCCAGAGCAGCCCCUACGGGCCAGGCAGCUGCAGCUGUUGGACCUGUCAGGCACCAGCCUUCGGGAGCUGCCGCCCCGCUUCCUGGAACCCCUGCCACGGCUGCAGGUGCUCGAGCUGCGGGGCAACCCGCUUGACCGUGUGGACGAGGCGCUGGCCACGCGCUGUGACUUGGACCUCAGGGCCGACUGCACCUGCGUGCUGGGCCCCUGGUUCCAGGCCCGGAGCAACAACUGCUUGGGCCAGGAGCCCCUGCAGUGCCUGCACCCAGCCUCGGGGGCCUGGCAGAAUCUCUCCACUUUCCUGAACUCCGGCUGCCCCACUGGUCCAGGCCCGGCCACCAUGGCAGGAGCAGUGGUCGGCGGCAUCCUCCUGCUGGCGCUCCUGAUGGCCGGGGCCAUGCUGGCCUGGAGACGCUGCUGGCGCCCAGCGACUGGCACCCUGGACCCUGGCAAGGCCUCGGGACCUCCGGAGGGCACUGGGCCCGCUCUGGGUGCCCAACCUCGGUACAGCAGUCGCAGCUUGGGCCACAGAGGUCCCACGGUCAUGCCACCCCGCACCCCGGCACCCGACUAUGAGAACAUAUUCGUGGGACAGGCGGAGGGCCGGCACCAGUGGCCGGAUCACGGGCCUCACCUUUCUGAGGACAGCGACUUCUAUAUGAACUACGGGGGCCCCAGCCUGGAUGCACAGCCCCUCUACGGUAACCUGCAGGCCCACGUGCAAGAGGAUGAGUAUGAGAUCUCCCAGGACUGAGUCCGCCAGGCCCUGCUGGAACUCAGACACAUCUGUCCCCCAGCCCUGGCCUCAGUUUCUCCGAGCACAGGACAGAGCCAGCCCAUCCUGGUCGUCCCAGCAUGGCCAUCUCAGCUGCCGGAGGGGGAAAGGGGUCGGCAGGGCAGUGUGUACCCCUGUGCCCUCCUCUGGUGGUGCCAGGUGGCACUGAAUAAAUGCUUGGGAUGGCCAAGGCCACCAGGAGAGCCCAUCACCUCCAAGGCCAAGGUGUGACGUGGCCUCCAGGCAGCCACCCCAGAUAUCUCCUCAGACGGGCAGCCUCUCCCAGAGCAGUGUCUCUCCCUCCUGCUUCUCCCUCCACCGCACCUGCCCCAGGACUUUUGUACAAGCUCCCUUCUCCUACCUUCCCCCUUCCUUCCCAGGGACAGAAGCCAGGGCCUCACACCCACUAGGCAAGCACUCAUUGCCCAGCUAAAGUCUGGCUCUCCUGUCUCAGCCUCCCAGGUAGCUGGAAUCACAGGUGUGUGCCCUCCUGCUCCAUGUAUUUCAAGAGUUUUUUCAAGGCCAUGCCUCAGCUGGCUUCUCUGUCAUUUGGUCCCUGUCCAGCUCCUGUCAUGCCCCACUCUGGGGAACACAGCUGGCCACAGACAGCCCUGCUCCUGGGACAUUCAGCCUGAGUUGCAGGAGAGAUGGGACAGAGGUCCUCUGUGGAGAUGACCCAAGGCUGCUGUGUAAGAGGGCAAUCUACAGCGGGUUUUGAGGGAUGCAUAGAUGGCUGAGAUUUAGAGGAAAAGGCACACUGAAAGGGGCAGGCAGUUAAAAGCUACAGGGGCAGGCAGUUAAAAGCCACAGGGCCAGCACAGGACUGAGGACAGCAGGGACCGAUGUAUCAAGGUGCUGCUGGCUUCAGACUGACUGUGGCACAGAGUUUCAUUUAGAGCCUUCUUAGGCCAUAGUAUUCACAGCACCACCCUCAGGCACAGCACCUGCCCCAGGACCUUUGCACACACUGCCACUUCAACCUGUCACACCUGUGCCUUAGCCGUCCCAUGAGUGUCCUUCAGGACCCCCUCACAUAUCACCUCCAGCCCCUGACCCUCUGUGCUCUUCCAGAAAGAGCCAUCAGCUCGUGUGCCCGCUCGGUCCUCCGAGUAGCUGCAUACCCCUCAGGAUUUCUGCCUCGUGUGUCUAGGUUCACAGUGGGUUCCCUCGCUCGUAGGAUGCUCAGCCCCCCUCCCACAGUACAUCAGGGGACCCGGGGCCUGCUCUUUGAGUGUGAAAAGACCCGAGGCUGCAUUCACACAGAACUAGCCCUCCAGGUUGCCUGGUGUUUAGAAAGGCAACUUGAAAGUGGAGACAGCGGGGUUGAGGCAGAACCAGAUCCAGCUGGAGGCGCCCAGAAGUUCAGAGAAGAGAGAGAGACCCCCAGUUCCACGCUGGAUUCCCUUUGUGCGUCGUUUUUAUUAAUAGUUUUAAAUAAAUACAUACCCCAUUGAAUCAGC